UUAAGUGUAGAAUCCUACAUCGUUCUCCAUAGCUUUAAAGAAGAACAUAUAAAUGAAAUAAUGAAUUCGGUGAAUAAUAAUUUAUUCAGCAUGGCCGUGCUUGAGAGAAGGAUAAAUUUGCAACAGGAUGCAAAAAAGGAGAUGCACAGCUUGAAGGACUAUUUAUCAUAUUAUUUGGGAAGAUUAGCAAGUCUGUAUAGCGCCAUAAAGGAUAAUUUGCGCGAGUACGAUCAUGACUCUUUUAUAAAUGUGCAUAGGAAAGCGUUUACCUUAUUCAAAAAUGAGCUAGUUAUUAUGGAGGAGUCUCAGUUAAAUGGAUGUGUACUCGAAUCAAGCAAACUCAUG